AUGAUCCUGGGACAGAUCUCCUACCUGGACUGCAUCGCUUUCCUAGUCUUUCUUGCCCCUCAAUUGCUGAUUCAAAUCGGCAUCAUCCCCCUUUUGACAUGGCUUCUCCCCCAGCUACCUUUUCUUACUUUCAAAGUUCUUGUCAUACCGAUUCAAUUCAUCCAUGAGAGAUUUCUCGUCCCUCUUGAACAACGUGCACCAUGGGUCAGGAAAGCAACACCAUUCCAAGACCUGGUCAUCCGCUUUGUUCGCUAUGCCUUUGCCAAUAUGCCAGCCUUCCUCGGUAGAGUCUUUUUCUCGAAGCAAGUCUCACUGCCUUUCCUGAGAUUCCGCAUGUUGCGCCACGGCGUUGUCACCAGUCCCAUCAGGUGGACCGACAUCACGCGACCAAACUUCAAGGGCGUAUGGAUCGUGCAUAACCAGCAAGAGCAGCCCGACUUGAUUGUUUACUACUGUCAUGGUGGUGGCUUCUCCAUGGGAAGCAGUUACUUCUACAUGGAAUUUUUGCUUGCCUGGGUUGCACUACUCAAAGCCGCUGGAUACCGGAAUCCUGCCCUCUUUGCCCUGGAAUACACCCUUGUGCCAGACGCCACAUAUCCUACUCAACUCCAUGAAACCUUAGCCGGAUAUGAAUAUGUGCUUUCUUUGGCCCAGUCCUCGACUCGCAUUGUCGUUGGUGGAGACUCGGCUGGCGCAACGUUGAUGCUAAGCUUCCUGCUUUAUCUGUCCGAGCAUACCGAGCUUCGACACCAAAAGCCCGGUCUUGCGAUUAUGAUCAGCCCAUGGGUCAGCAUUGUAUCGCCCGAGAAUAGGAAUACCGCGUCAGACUAUCUCAACAGCUCCUCACUGGAACAAUAUGGCCGACAGUACAUUGGAAGCAAAGUCUCGCCCGACGAUGCCAUGGUUUCGCCUGGAAAUUGUAAAGACAUCCAGAAGUGGACGGAAGCUUCGCCAGAAAAGGGUUGGUACUUUUUGUACGGCAGCGAGGAGGUGCUCGGGCCAGAAACAAGGAAUCUGAUUGCAUUGCUGGAGAAGACGGGGAAGGAGGUGGAUACUUGGGAAGAAAAGGGCGGGAUACACGCAUGGCCGGUUGCCAGUCUUUACCUGGGUGAGACCAAGGAGGCGAGGCUGAGCGGCUUGAAGAGCGUUGUCGGUGCCAUCAAGGAAAGGAUUCAUUAA